AUGACAAGUAACUUCUCAGCUCCACUUCAUACUUGGUCAUCUUGCACCAACAAGUACAUUGUUGAAAUUCACAAUAUAUUCCAUCAACAUUGGGUAACUUUGGAUGAGAAGCGACGAUCAACAAUUGAGGAGAUAGAUCAAUGGAGGCUUCAAUGGGAAAAAAGCAUUACAAAAUAUGCAGAUAAACAAAAAGUUCUGCUUAAUGAUACUUAUGAUCGUUUACGACGUACUUUUGACAAAAAAUAUAAAGAAAACGUUGAAACAGCUAAUGCUUAUCAUAGUGCACAACAACUAGAACUAUUUAAGGAAUUACGUGAUGCAUGUCAAGUAUUAGAGUUUCAAGUAGCUAAACUUGAGUAUCUUAAAAUGGAAAUGAAAUAUCCAGAAGUGAUCGACAUGGAAGAACAAAAAGAAAGAAUGAAAUUAGAAGAGAUGAACACGACUACAGAGGAAAAUGCCAGACGUCGAAGACGACGUUGUAAAGAUAAUGAUAAGAAAACAGAAAACAACAGCGGUAAUAGUACAAGCUUAUCACCUAACUCAAUAGCUUCGUCUUCAAAACCAACAAACAAUCGACAAACAUUAGAGACACAAUCAAAAAGGGAAGAUAGUCAACGGACAGGCACAAAGAAUGAUUCGAAAAAACAAGACAAGAAUACCGAUGAUUCCAAUGAUAAAUGUCCUAUAUGUUUUAUGAUAUUUCCAUUGAACUUGACACGCUCUGAUCGGCAUCAACAUGUCAAUGAACAUAUGAUAGAUGAUCACGAUGAUUGA